AUGGCGUCCCACACGUCAUCGCCGGUGACAGGCCACCAGGGCCUCACCUUACCCACAAGCUCAAUGCAUCACCACCAGGAUCGGGACGGAAACGGUGCCAACACGGCGACCUCGACCGCCGGAGACGCAUCACAGUCGCGGUCGUCGAGGCCGUUCAGACGUUGGGCCUCGUCCCUACGUAGCAGCCCCUACUUGCAUCGAGGCAGCUCUGGGAAUGCCGAGGAAAGCCAUGGCAGGCCGAGAAACUGGUGGCAUGUUCAUCUCUUCCGCGGCAUGGCCAAUGACCUGCGUCGCCGGGCACCCUACUACUGGUCCGACUGGAAGGAUGCGUGGAACUAUCGCGUAGUCCCUGCCACCAUCUACAUGUACUUUGCCAACAUCCUGCCCGCGUUGGCCUUCUCGUUCGACAUGUUCUCCAAGACAAACAUGCAAUAUGGCGUCAACGAGGUCCUCUUGUCGUCCGUCCUGGGUGCUGUCGUCUUUGCCGUCCUCGCCUGCCAGCCGCUCGUUAUCGUCGGCGUGACGGGCCCCAUCACCGUCUUCAACUACACCGUUUACGACAUCAUGAAGCCCACCGGGGUCAACUAUCUGGCCUUUAUGUGCUGGAUUGGUCUGUGGUCUCUAGUUCUGCACUGGAUCCUUGCCGUGACCAACUCGUGCAACUGGCUGCGCUACGUCACUCGCUUCCCGUGCGACAUCUUUGGCUUUUAUGUCGCCUUCAUCUACCUGCAAAAGGGCAUCCAGGUCCUCGAACCGCUUGGCGAACAGGAGCCCUUUUACCUCAGCAUCGCCGUGGCCGUCAUGUUCUUUGGCGCCGCCUACGUCUGCGACAAGAUUGGCCACAGCACCCUGUUUACGCACUCGGUCCGCGUCUUCCUCAAGGACUACGGCACGCCGCUGACCGUCAUCUUCUUCACGGGCUUCGUCCACAUCGGCAGGAUGCGCCAGGUCGAGCUCGAGGUCCUGCCCACGGGCAUCGCCUUCGUCCCGACGAUCACCUCGCGGUCCUGGCUCGUCGACUUUUGGAACAUACCCGUCGGCGACGUCUUCCUCGCGCUGCCGUUCGCCGUGCUCCUCACCAUCCUCUUCUGGUUCGACCACAACGUCUCGUCCCUCAUCGCGCAGGGCACCGAGUUCCCGCUCAAGAAACCCGCCGGCUUCCACUGGGACCUCUUCCUCCUCGGGUUGACGACCGGGAUCGCCGGCAUCCUGGGCCUGCCCUUCCCCAACGGCCUCAUCCCCCAGGCGCCCUUCCACACCGAGUCGCUCUGCGUGUCCGAGAUGGUGGCGGACGAGGACGAGGCCGGCGGCCAAAAGGGCCACUACAGCCUCCGCCCGACCCACGUCGUCGAGCAGCGCGCGUCCAACCUGGUCCAGGGCCUCCUGACGCUCGUCACCAUGACGGGACCCCUGCUCCUCGUGCUGCACCUGAUCCCGCAGGCCGUGCUGGCCGGGCUCUUCUUCGUCAUGGGCGUGCAGGCGCUCGAGGCCAACGGCAUCACGGCCAAGAUGCUCUUCCUGCUGCGCGACGCCUCCCUAACGCCGGCCGGCCACCCGCUCAAGCGCAUCCCGCGCCGCGCCGCCCUAUGGAGCUUCGUGGCCGUCGAGCUCCUCGGCUUCGGCGCCACCUUUGCCAUCACCCAGUCCGUCGCCGCCGUCGGCUUCCCCGUCUUCAUCCUGGCCCUCAUCCCCGUCCGCGCCCUGCUGCUGCCGCGCUGGUUCACGCCCCUCGAGCUCGCCCUGCUCGACGGGCCCACCGCCAGUCCCUUUACCAUGGAGAGCGUCGGCGGGUCGUACGGCGGCGCAUCCGAAGACGGCGCUGUGGCGGCGGCUUCUUCUUCUUCUUCUUCUGGUGCUGCUGCUGCUGCUGGUGCUGCUGGUGCUGGUGGUAGUGGUGGCGGUGGUCAUGCUUCGCUACGUGGCGGAGGCGGAGGCGUGCUCGUGUCGCCUGCCGCCGCUGCCGUCGACGCCGACGGGCGCAGGAGCGGCGAGGACCUGGCGGAGCGCGGGGUCGCGCCGCCGUCUGCCAGUUCGGCGGUCCACGGCCCGUCCAGAGGCGAGGGCGGCGAAGGCUCCAUCGAGAUGCGCAGGAUCGGGGUGAACCGGCGGGCGCAGUCGACGCGGGCUGGGUCGGGUGAGCAGUAA